AUGGCGGCCUUCACCCAACCUACUCCACCGAUUGACUUUAGACAAGAUAUAGAAGCUUUCAAUCUUUACCACGAAAAAUGCACUACCAAACCUAUCAAAGAGACCGUUGCGCACCUCCUCUACGCUCUGGAGAAUACAGAACUCAUCGUAGACCGCACCAGUACUGUUUACACAACAUUCCGUAAUGCGAUGGUGGUCUGGAAGACAAGGAUCGAUAAAAAGCACGACGCCGACGCGAAUCGAUGGUACUUUCACAGGAUGAGGAGAGAGUUCAGGACAGUAGAACACGUGCUGUACGGUACUACCAGCGACUCGGAUAGUGACGGUGAAGGCGAUACAAACGACGAGAAUUCCGAAGAUGAGGACCAAGACGGUGAGAGCCCUGAAGAUGCCGGAUCUGAAGUGGACUCAGAAAAAGACGAUUCUGAUGUAGCCCAGUCCGAAAGUUCCACUGAUACCCACACAGACAUUUCAACGCGCAUCGACGAAGCGAGGGACAAAACUGUAGCUGAGAAAACCCCGGACAUGCCUUCACCCAAGACCAAAACGAAGCCGUCUGCGCGAACUACGCGUUUCAGCCAACGGCUCAAAGAUCUCGACGCUCUCAGAGCACAAGAAGAGAAAAACAUGCAUUACAAGCUCUUGUGUUAA